AUGCCCGCCAAGAAGCAAUUGGUGCCUCCCCUCCGGCCCAAUGCCGAUGGUUCCGGAUUCGUGCAGGCGUUCCGCGGUCGUGGGCCCGCUCACAAUCGCUCCUCGGGAGCCCAUAGGCCCAUUGCGUCGACCAGCAGCUCGGGUUCCUCGACUUCCUCUUCAGCGUCCUCUUGCUCCUUGAGUGCGGCAGAACCGGCAACGCUUUCUCAUAGUUCGGUAGGUCGGUACAAGGCGAGAGGCGAACGUAGACGUUCAAGUGCUGCAGCGCUGCUGCUGCCCCAACGCAAGGCGUGCAUCAGCACCAGCGCAGAGGAUCACAAGGGUCACCUCAAGACCACCGAUACAAAGUACCACACCGCGGUUACCCAGGGCCUUUCUCCCCCCGCCUCAGCUCCCGCGUCUGUGUCUGCAGUAGCUUCCCUGUUGUCAGCAUCACCGGAGACAGGGUCGCCCAUAAAAAAAACAGAGCAGCACACAGCCUCGAUAUCUGGCGCCGCGUCGCGCUCCACUCGCCGUAGCGAUGUCGGUGCCCCUGCAGGGAAAGCUCGUGGUGUGACCCCAGCGAUGCUUACUAUUGGCGUGGACGGAGCUCUUGGGCCGAGCGAGUGUCUUCUCGCCACCUCCGUCAUGCACCGCCUUGGGUUGCAGAGCGGCCACAUUGUGCGCCUCUCGACAAGCUACGGCGAUGUCUACGCUGGAGUGCGACCGAUGCGCGGGUCUGCAGUUGCGUCCGACAAGAUAUUUGUGAACGAGGAUGCGGCGGCGGUUUUGGUCGAUGUUUCGCCUGUCGUACUUUGCCCGGUUCUUCUCCCUCAGAACGGCGUACCGACGCUACGGUCGGUGACGCUCACGAUGGUUGUCCCCGAAAAUGCGCGCGACGCUAACACUUGUGACGCAGUCGUGCCGUCGAUCGCCUCAACAAUGGAGUGGCAAGCGCUGUUCCGCCGCACGCUGCAUCACAAGAUCGCCUAUUUACACCUACGCACCACCCAGCGUGUGCUCACCCAUCGCAUUGCGCUCGAGGUAGUGAGCUUGAGCGUUGCGAGUCAAGGGGAGGAGUCGUCAACCUCGGCGGCGGAGUCGGAUGCUGCGUGGGGCAUCGUGACAGAUGCGACGGAGGUGCGCUUCUAUAAUCAUAACGCUGCUGCAGGGGUCUCCAUCGGCGGACAACAGUGUGCAUCAACAGGACUCGGAAGGAGCGCGGUGGAAACGUGUCAGGAAGGCGUCCCUUUUUGCUCAGGGUGCUUGUGUACGCUGGUUGUGGGAGGCACCGGCGUCGGCAAGAGUCGUUGGCUCUCUCUCCACGCACCCACUGCGUCCCACACAGAGCAACAGGGACACAUGGACGCCUCAACCUCACCGGCCACGGUGGCUGGGUCUAGGAGGUACACGGAAUGGGUUCACGUGGACCAAUUGCCGCAGGGUGAGGGCAGUGAGGUGACCACGGCUACGGCGUUGCACGAGGUUUUCGAGCGUGCACGUCAGUCAGCGCCGGCGACGGUGGCCAUAGAUGAUUUGCAUCUCAUCUGCGGCCGCGAGGCGUCCUCGGCUGGGUCUCGUUGGGCAAUGUCACUCAUCGCCCAUGCCUUGGCUGCUGAGCUACUGGAUUUACAGAGCCGCCGUCUCGAUGUGGGAGUAAUUGCGAGUGCACCGACACUGGCGAGUCUCGAUGCUUGUCUGACCGGGGCCACCCUCUUUGGCGGGAGUGUUGUGACACUGGAGAUGCCUAGCGGGCCGCAGGAGCGGCUUGCAUGUCUCCGUAUGUGCCUCUUGGAGCUGCGCCUCAACGACUCAGCGGCAGGACCUGUCCUCAGCGAGGCGUGCUUACUGGAGGUGGCAGAGCGAGCACACGGCUUUACGCAGCGAGACCUGCAUCGGCUUGUCGAGACAGCAGUGAUACAGGCGUUCCAAACACGCCAGUCCAUCGUACCAACGGACGCGGACCUUCGAGCGGCGUCCGCUAUAGUGCAUCCUUCGUCGCUCAAACACUUCGAGGUGUCGGUGCCGACUGUGACGUGGGCUGACAUCGGUGGAAGCGCAGAGGCGAAGCAGACCCUCUGCGACGUAGUGGAUUGGUGCCUGGGAAAGCAAAGCUGGCUCUUCACAGAGUUUAACUUGACGCCACCGAAGGGUGUGCUUCUCUAUGGUCCGCCGGGCUGCAGCAAGACAAUGCUGGCCAAGGCGCUCGCGAACGAGAGUCGCAUGAACUUUAUUUCCGUAAAGGGGCCGGAGGUGUUCUCGAAAUGGGUGGGUGAUAGCGAGAAGGCGGUGCGCGACAUCUUCGAUCGUGCCCGUGCGGCGAGCCCGUGUGUCGUGUUCAUCGAUGAGUUGGAUGGUAUGUGCGGCCACCGCGGCCGCGGCGGCGUGUCGGACCGCGUCAUCUCGCAGUUCCUCACCGAAUUGGAUGGGCUGCCGGCUGCAUUUGGCGAAAAGAAGAGGGCCCUCGUGUUUGUCGCGGCGACAAAUCGGCCCGACAGCAUCGACGGGGCAGUGCUGCGUCCCGGACGCAUUGAUCGUCGCGUCUACGUCGGACUGCCCACCUUGCCAGAGCGGUGCGCCAUCACUGACAUUCAGUUCAAGCACCUGCCUGUAGCGGCGGACCUAACGGCCCACUACGUGGCCGAGCGGACAGAAGGAUACACGGGUGCAGAAGUUGUUGCGGUUGUGAAAGAGGCCGCGUUUCACGCCAUCACAGUCAACGCGAGUGCAUCCCAUGUGACACUGGUCGACAUCGAUGCGGCUCUGCAGAAGGUGCGGCCGCGCAUCAGCGCCAAGGAUGUGGAGUGGUACAAGCAUUGGCCAAACAACCGCAAAACCACCACUGCGUGCGUGUGA